GGAGACACUCUUCAAUGCUGCAUAAUUUAAUCGUCAAAAAUUGGAAUGAUUAAUUAACCGGAAAUUUCAAUGUCGUUUCUCUUACUUCUCCAAUGCUGAAAAUUCUCAGCGAGACAUACUAAGAAAUCUGGUUCUCUACUUUGAACUUUGAAGAUGAUUGCGAGCUCUUUCUCCGCACCAAUUUCCUGCAAUUUAAGGCUAGCUUCGAGUUACUCGCAAUUUAACCAGCAUAGGUUGAUCAGCUGCCGGUUUUUCUUCGAGAGAGGUGGUAGAUUCGUUAGCAGAAGUCAACGAGUUUACUGCGGGUCUCAGAUAAAUGAUGUGCGGAUCAGAAAGUUUGCUCCUGUUUUGGAACGUGAAAUAGCAUCAGGAAAUGGGAUCUUACAAUCUAAUGAGUGGAAAACAGUUCCUGAUAUUUGGAGGACGUGUGCUGAAAAAUUUGGUGAUCGUGCAGCACUGGUGGAUCACUAUCAUGACCCUCCAACAAAUAUGACUUAUAAACAGCUAGAGCAAGAAAUUUUGAAUUUCUGUGAAGGCUUAAGGGUCAUUGGAUUGAAAGCAGAGGAAAAGCUCGCCCUUUUUGCUGAUAAUUCAUGCCGGUGGCUUGUUUCAGACCAAGGUAUUAUGGCCACUGGAGCAAUCAAUGUUGUCAGAGGUACAAGGUCAUCCGUUGAAGAGCUUUUGCAGAUAUACAACCACUCUGAUAGUGUUGCUCUUGUGGUGGAUAAUCCUGAAAUGUAUAAACGGAUUUCAGAGGCCUUCCACUCCCGAGCCACUUUAAGGUUUAUCAUUUUGCUUUGGGGAGAGAAGACAAACAUAAUCAGUGAAGCUGCACCGGAUGUUCCUAUAUAUACUUAUCAGGAGAUAAUAGAUAAGGGUUGUCAAAGUCGUGAAGCUUUACGCCAUUCUGGAGAUGCUAGGAUAAAAUUUACUUAUGAAACUAUAAGGUCUGAUGAUAUUGCUACACUUAUAUAUACAAGUGGGACAACUGGGAAUCCUAAAGGUGUUAUGCUUACGCACAAUAAUCUGUUGCACCAGAUUGGAAGCUUCUGGGACAUUCUGCCAGCUGUUCCUGGGGAUAGAUUUCUGAGCAUGCUGCCACCUUGGCAUGCAUAUGAACGAGCUGCUGAGUAUUUCAUAUUUACUCUUGGAAUUGAACAAGUAUAUACUACAGUCAAGAACCUAAAGGACGAUUUGUACCGUUAUCAACCUCAUUAUGUAAUUUCUGUUCCCUUGGUAUAUGAAACACUUUACAGUGCAAUCCAGAAGCAGAUCAGAACAAGUUCUGUUGUACGUAAAGUUGUUGCUCUUUUAUUCCUGAAGAUCAGUUUCACAUACAUGGAGGCAAGAAGAAUUUAUGAGGGGAAAUGUCUGACCAGAAAUCUUGAACAACCUUCCCACGUUUCUGCAGUGUUUGACUGGUUAUGGGCAAGGAUCAUUGCUUUAAUAUUGUGGCCACUACAUACAUUAGCAAAGAAAAUUGUCUACAGUAAGAUUCAUUCCGCGAUUGGAAUUUCAAAGGCUGGCAUAAGUGGAGGCGGCAGCUUGCCCCCACAUGUUGACAAGUUCUUUGAGGCAAUUGGAGUAACAGUUCAAAAUGGAUAUGGCCUAACAGAAGCAUCACCUGUUGUAGCAGCUCGAAGACCAAACUGUAACGUUCUAGGAUCAAUCGGACAUCCUCUUAAACAAACAGAAAUAGAAGUUUUUGAUCCUGAAACGGAUGUCAUUCUCCCUAAUGGAUCAAAAGGCAUUGUCAAAGUAAGGGGCCCGCAAGUGAUGAAGGGUUAUUAUAAGAAUCCCUCAGCGACAAAACAAGCUAUAGACGACGACGGCUGGCUUAAUACUGGGGAUAUUGGCUGGAUUUGUCCUCCUCAUUCUAUAGGUCGGAGUCGUCGAUCUAGUGGUGUUAUUGUUCUAGAAGGACGUGCAAAAGAUACAAUAGUCCUUUUGACAGGUGAGAAUGUGGAGCCGUCGGAGAUUGAGGAAGCUGCUAUGAGAAGUAACCUUAUUCAACAGAUUGUCGUCAUUGGCCAGGAUCGACGACGACUUGGAGCUAUCAUUGUCCCUAACAAAGAAGAAACCCUAUCACAAGCUAAAAAGCUGGCUAUAGUAGAAGCUGAUGCAGUAGAGCUUAGCAAGAUGCAACAGAUUAAUCUACUGCACGAGGAGUUGAGAAAAUGGACCUUGGACUGUUCGUUCCAAGUUGGACCAAUCCUGGUGGUUGAUGAUCCGUUCACGAUUGAUAGUGGUUUAAUGACUCCUACGAUGAAAAUUCGAAGAGAUCGAGUAGUGUCUUUGUACCAAGAGCAGAUAGACAACUUGUACAAAGGAAUUGCCUAAAAGAAUUGGAUUUUGCUAUAUACUUAUAGCUGUGUGUGUGUGUGUGUGUGUAUGUGUGAUAGAGUGAGAGAGACAGAGACUUCUUCAGCCUUCUGGACUGGUCUAAGAGGGAAGAAGCUUACAGCCAUGAUCAGAGAAAUUUGUAACAAAUAAAAUAUAUGCUUCUGCUUCAAACUGACAAAGUAUGUUGUGAGUUUGUCAUAGUUAAGAACAUUCUCCAAAAUAACUGGAGUUGCUAAUAAAAUGUUGUGAUGCAUCUGCUGCAA